AUGGCAAACGCAUCCGACAGCACCCAUCCACCUCCCCCCGCCACGCACGACCUCGACCAGGAUGACGACGAUGAAGAAUUCGACGACGACGACGACGACCUCGAUGACGAAGCCGCCGCCGACGAAGAUGGCGGCGAACACCCCUCGUCCUCAUCCGAGGCGGCCCGCCUCGAGGCCGUGCUCCGGCGGCUCACCGCGGACGAGGUCCGGAUCCGGGUGCACCAGGUCACGAUCCGGGGCUGCGCCCGCACGCGCCGCGCCGCGGUCGAGGCGGCGGUCGGCCCGGACCUCGCGCGCGCCGCCACCGUGCGGGACCUCGUGCGCGCCGCGGCCGCGGCUGGCGACCGGCUCCGUCUCCUCGGCGCCUUCGACACUGUCUCGAUCACCCUCGACGCGGCGCCGCCAGGGAUCCCCGGCAGCGCCGUCGUCGUCCUCGUUGACGUCGCGGAGGCUCGCGGCCGCGCUGCUGGUGAUUUCGGCGUCUUCGCCCACACUCAGACUAGAUCAUGCUCACUUGAAGGUUCAGUGAAGUUGAAGAACCUAUUUGGAUACUGUGAGACCUGGGAUGCAUCAGGUGCCCUUGAAUUAGAUAAAACAACAGAGCUAAGUGCUGGAGUCCAGAUGCCUAGAAUCGGAGCAAUACCAACUCCGCUGAUGGCUAGAAUAUCAUUUCUGUCUGAGGAUUGGUUAAAGUCCUCAUUCAAAGAACACUUGAUGGGCAUUUCUGUUGGCUUGCUCUCCACCGUGAACCACAACCUUGCUUACAAUAUGACAUGGAGAAAAUUUACUGAUCCAACAUGCAUGUCAUCUAAUUCCAUACAGGAGGAAUUAGGACAUAGCCUUUUAUCCUCUGUUAAGUACGCGUACAAGGUUGACCAAAGGGACUCAAGCAUAAGGCCUACACGUGGAUAUGCUUUUCUCUCGUCUUCUCAAGUUGGAGGCCUUGCACCAGGAAGCAAAUAUUCACGAUUUCUUAGGCAGGAAUUUGAUCUUCGAGUGGCUUUGCCUCUGGGUGUGCUGAGUGGUGCUCUCAAUGCCGGAGUGGCUGCGGGAGUCAUCCAUCCAUUGGAAAGGGGAUCCACAGGAUCUGUCUCACCACUUCUAGAAAGAUUUUACCUGGGUGGUAAUAGGCCUCUCGUAUGCCGCUUGGGUGGACCAUCUUCACUAUUAGGCUUCAAAACAAGAGGACUGGGGGCAACAGAAUCCAGAACAUAUGACCCCAAUAAUUCUGACAAUGGCACUUCCACUUCCCCUGAGCUAAAUGGUCUUGGAGGUGACAUAGCAGUGACAGCCUUUGCCGACCUAUCAUUUGAUCUGCCUCUGAAGCCGCUCAGGGAUCUGGGAAUUCAUGGCCAUGCUUUUGUCUGUGCUGGAAACCUUGUUAAAUUAACGGAGUGUGAUCUGCGGAAGUUCCCUGUUACUGACUUCCUACAAACAUUCAGAAGUUCAGCAGGAUUCGGCGUUGUUGUGCCAACCAGACUGUUCCGCAUAGAGAUGAAUUACUGCUACAUCCUAAAACAGCUUGAUCAUGACAGGGGGAAGACAGGCAUACAGUUUAACUUCUCAUCGCCCUAA